AUUAAUUUUCACAGUAUUUCACAAUUAUUUACUAUAGGCUCACUGUCAUCUUAUAAAAAAAUAGCACUGAGCAGUUGUGUCAUUGUAAUUCAACACUGUGGCUAAGUCACAUAUUGCAGUAAUCCAAGAACUAGACAAACAAUUCAUAGCUUUAUACAGAAUCCAGUAACGGUAUGUAAAUCUGUAUGGUCUUAUAGUGGGAGCGCCAGAUGCCUGUUCAUGUAACUGCUUCAGUCUGUGCUGCUAUUUUUGGUUCCUCUUCAUGUACUCUCUUUCUGAUACUCUUGGCUUCCUCCGCCCAAUCUCUCUCCCCCUCCCUGCAUCAUUUCUGUCACACAAUCUCUCUGUUCCUCGCAUUGCUGGUUUCCACAGGAAGAGACACCUUCGCUGUGACAGCGAGGAAGACCAACAGCUGAGGCCUCAGGCCAAGAGGUCAGGAGGGGGUCCCUCUCUGCUUGUGUCAGAUUUGGACUCAGAGUCUUCCAGCAGUGACAGCAGUAAUGGGAUCAGCAGUCCAGAGAGAGCAAUAGUGGCCACCACCAGGCCGUGCAUACACAGUCAAAAUAGCUGCAUCACCCAGGACCCCGUCAGCCCAAAGCCUGAAGACUCUGCCAGCUCCUUGCAGCAUUGUUUCCAUGGCGACGGAAGAAGUGUCUCAUAUGACUACAUCAACAGAGUCCUGAGGGAGGCGCACUUCAGCAGUCUGCAGACCAGAGGCCGACCAGGCUCGACAUGACCGUGACCUCUGACACCCCGACUCCCCUCCCCCCAAUGCACACCUCUCCUGACCUUUUUGUCCCUCAUGCAUCAGUGUCAACACUGCUGGCAUGAUGGCUCCUCCCUGAAAGCCUCAAUAACACCAUCGGGUCAGGUGUAAGGGGAUGAUGUGUGGGGACUAGGGUUGCAACAGUAUGAGAUUUUCACAAUACUGUCUCUGAAAAUAUCAUGGUAUUACACAGUUAUUAUCAUUAUCAUAACAACUCUUAUAGGACUUGUUUUGGUUUAAGUGUACAUGGUAUGAUAACGUUCUGUUGUCAUACCGUGGCAUACUGUGAAAACCGUAUACAGCUGCAACCCCAGUGGGGAAAGUUUAUGGAUUCUGGCUCAUCCCCCACCUCAACAUGUACCAUUUUUGAAGAUCAUAAGCACAUCCGCCUUUCCAUGGCCCAGCCACUGUGGUUUUUUUUGUGCUGUAUUGAUGUGUAUGUGUGGAUUUUGUGUGUAUGUGCGUGCGCGUGUGUGUGCAUGCACCCUGUGCACUUUAUGAAGAGGUCUCCUUUUUACAUGUGUGCGUUGAUGCGUGGACAUUUUCAUUGGUGCUAAUCACAAGCAAAGUGUGAUGAAGAUGAUCCAAAGUGCUUGCAAAACUAAAUAAAGCUAAGCACUUUACUCUGUAAGUCUUUCUGUUUACUCUUGACUGGGACAGUCAGUCGCAUGUUUCCAUCAGUGAAGUGGGAGUUAUUGUGAUCCCAGGGGAAAAAAAGCAAGUCGAUGGAGGCCAACAGAUUCACUCCUAAGGAGCAUGAUCAAUAUAAUCCAUUAAAGAAUAUUUUAGGCUUUAUUUGUUUUCUGUAGCCAAAGCUAUAAAGUUAUACUUGUUGCAGUUGCUCUCUAAAUGAAUCUAAAGUGUCUAGGUGUGGCAGGUCACUGGGUUUAAGAUGAUGGAGCAGAGAUUCCUCAUGAGUACUUUUGGCUAAAAUCCAACCUUAGAUUAAACGGGUUAAUUAUAGGUCUGUAAGGAGGCUCUGUGGAAAGUCCAGCUCAGGCAGCAGUGCACGCGGCACAGUGCUUCUAACAUAAACAGACUCUUUAAAAUAAUUUAGAACCCAGUGUUUACUUGUUCCACAUUUUCCACAUUGUGUAUCUGUGUGUCAUAAGCCUGUCAGCCAUACUUGUUUAUGGGUGGUUUAAUAUGACCAGUACACUGUGUUUGGAAUAAAAUAAGAUGUAAGCGUGAUUCAUAUGUAAUUUCCCAAAUCAUUUGAAAUAAA